CCUCCCUUCAGUCACUCUUGCCGGCUGCUGGCGUGCGGACAUUUCAGUCGGUUUAUCGUUACGACGCCAUUUAAACAAAAUUUCUCUUCCUUGUUUAUCUUCAUCUUGUGUUCAUAAUCUUUCAAACUUCUGGAUAAGACGUGAUACAAUAAAAACGACUCCGACGUCUAUCUUCAGCGACGGUAUUUGGUGACCAGUGAAAAAUAAACUAACAAAAAUGACAGACGAUAUUUGAAAACAAUUCUAAAACCGUAAACUAAAUAUAAACAAAAUGUAUACCUACAAAGACAUGAAGAUAGCAAAUAAUUAUUGCUAAGAGCUAAAAGGCUCUGAAACUUUAAUCCUCAAAUUUCAAUGCUAAAUUACAGACUAGUGUCAACGCAUUUUCUGAAGCAACCGUAACUUUACUUCUGACGAUAAAAUAUCUAUAGACUGUUUGUGUCGUACCAAUAUGUGCCGGGAUCGAGAUAUGCCGGUGCAAAGGAGCGACAUCAUCAAAUAAAUAUUUAUACGCAUCGUCGAGGAGCCUAGUGUAGUGUACAGUUUUCCGGCAAAACGGCGCGCGAUUUAAACGUACCGUUUCGUUUUGUUUCUUUUAUUUUGUUUUACAUCAAAGGAUAAGCAAUAGCCCUGUUAUUUGUUAUUGGUUUUGAAUAAACGGACAGGGUCUCGGCCGGACUCGGGACCCAACGCUACCCUGGCCAGUCGGAGCCGGCACAACAUUUCCAGGAUAUUCGACUCUAUAGUGGGCGCUGCGAGAUAUUGCAUUAAACACGUUACGGCCCAUCGCUUUUGGAAAUUUGGGAAUUUAAUUUCGAGUUAAGGUUUAAAAUCUGAAGCGAACAUGGUUCUAUUGGAAAUUCAUCAGGGUUACGGGCACGAUUCCGAGUGCUCGAGCGAACACCGGGUUGUAAUAUCUGGGCUCGGGUGGCGUGCGCAGUGCUGCGAGCGGAGCGAGGGUGAGAAGGAGAGGGAAGACAUGGCGGCACCGGAAUGCGAGCGAGAGGCGCGCAAGCGACGCGAGCGUCGUGAUUCCGGUUGCGCACACGAGCGAAAAGAGCGCAGACCACACAGUGAGGAGCGGACGCCACCACCUCCGCCACCUCCUCCACUACAUGACCAUAAUCGACUUGAGUCGGAACGCCGAGCGGAACGCCUCUCCCGCGCUCGUCGUCCUCAACAUGGUGGCAAGCGGCGCCGAGCACCCGCUCGCUUGCCACGACAACCCAAGGAAAACGACUACGUAGUAUCGCACACAGAGGAAAUAAGAAGUGGCACACCACCACAUUUCGAAUAUGUGGUGCAGCAAAAACCAGAACUGUGUGAAGACAGUGAGCAGUCCUAUGUGGCGGUCGGUGACGCAGUGGAACACACUCGACGUGACGAGCGCAGCGAACCGCCCCGUCGCUCUCAACCGAGCCCUGAUCGACGCGUCGAAAAAAUCAGCAAGAAGAUCAAUAGCUUAAAGAAAAACAUAGCUAAAUAUGAAUGCGACUUUGAAGCUCAAAACGGUUACACAAUGACCCAAAGUGAUCGUAUGACUGACGUUCAACUAACUCGUAUGUACGAAACAUUACGAAACUUGCAAUCAGAAAAGCGCUGUAUUAAAGCUGAUCCUGUGGAAUAUGCGCUGAAAGUUCAAGCUGCAAAAUUACAGAAAGAGAAGGACGAUAAACUCGAUGCAGCGCUUAAAAGCGAUAAACCCAUGGCCGAAGUCGUUCGCGAUAUUGAAGAGUGGGUGGAGUUCUGUCGCAAGUCCACCGGUAGAGCAAGUGUGCCGGAGUCGAACUGGACGGCGGCGCAGCUGGCAGCGGAGAAGGCGUGCGUGCAACGCGCGCUACUGCGACUGGAAGCAGCGCGCGGCCGCCCGCCCGCGCACUCUGCCGAGCGCGGCGCCGCGCGCCAUCUGUACGAGCGAUACCGUGCCGUCAAGCGGGCUCUAGCUACCUUCCGCCCUGAUGCUAUAAUCUGCGGUACAAACGGCGAGUUGGCCACCAUACAUGAACAUGAAACUAUGCUAUUUAACACGAGCGUCGAUAGUUCGAGCGACUCACAGGAGAAGCCGUCUGAUCCCUCCCAGGAAACUGUAGAGACGCCUCUCCAAUCGCCACCGACUCGUGAGGGUGCCGAGGAGAUGCCAUCUUCGACAUCAUCGGCCAAGUCCGCCACUACCAGUGAAGAGGCGACUCCUUCUAACGAAGGCUUACAUUGCCUCGGUUUAGAAGAUCUAACUAGAGCGCUUGGUGAAGCUAAACUACAAAAGCUGGUACUUCGUCGAUGCAUUAAAGAAUAUGAAGUCAAUUUUGAACUUCAGAACAGCAGGAAAGUUCAAACGGAUGACAAGAAGACACGUGAAGAGGAAUACCAGCGGUACAAAGCUGUUAAAGCCAGAAUAAAGCUUAUCAACGCUCUUAUAAAUAAACAGAAAACAUUGAAUAAAUCUUAAUUUAAUCAAUUAAUUUAACAACACAAUAAGAAAUAACGUUUUGAAAAAAAAGGUGUUGUUUAAGGAAAGGUAAUCUUUUGGAGUAUUGGGUCGCAUUAAUAAAGUAAAUUAUCGAGAGUCACUUUUUCUAAGGUAAAAGGUUAAAAAGUUAUUUAUAUUCGAAUUAUAGUACAAUACAAACGUGUAACAAUUCAACCCUUGUAUCUACUAACACGUUAGUCGAAGUGGGAACCAGUUCUCGUGCUAUAACUCUUGUAAAAAUAUUUCACAUUGUACUCCUACACAUAGGUAUAUUACAGGUAUAUCAUCAUACAUUCAUCUCAACAUUUAAAUUGAUGCAAUACAUAACUUUUUCUGUAAUAUGUUUAACAGUUCGUGUCAUUAGAGAUAUUAUAUUCUUAGGAAUGCUUGUUUAUGUUGUUUGAUAGAUGGUGAAGAAACCGAAUCACCCCGGAUGUUUGAAGAAUAGAUCUUUUGCUUUUGUUGUUUUUUGUAAUCGAUUAUACUAAUUUAUCACGUUGGAAAUUUUUCCCAGUGCCAAAAGUUCAACUAAUGAAUUUAUUUUAUUUGCCUCGACAUUAAAUAAAAUCAAAACUCUAUUCUUUCUUAUUAAUAUUUAUUGAAAUUUAUUUAAUAGUAUCGUUGCAUGUGCUUAUAACCUCUUAAUGUACAGACAAUUUGAGAAAUUAUAAUAUCUGUAAAAAUACUAUUAUCUUAAAAAAAAUGUAAAAUAUCAUUUAUCGUAUCAUAAUUUCUGAUGAUAUUCAUCAGAUAAUACAUGAUCACAGACAAAAGAUAAAUAGCCUACUGAAGUAUGUCGGAUAAAUUGACUUUAAAUAUAGUAUAACUGUGUCGCCAGUUUUCAUUUGACGUUGCAGUAAUUAGCGUCGGACAUGAAUUAUUCUGUUGCAGCUUGAACUUUUUAUAUACUAAUAAUAAAAAUCGCUAUUAAAAUUGAUUAACGUGACGCAUUAAAUAGGUAUCAAACAUUGUACAUAAUUCAUAUAAAAAUGUUAUAAUUAAUGCAACUUUUAUUAACGCUAAGUUCCAGUGCGUGAUCUUAUUAUCGUCACACACUAACCAAUUAUUCUAAUACUAAAUAUUACUUAAAAUGAGUUAAUGUAAAUAUACAGAUAGUACAUAAGACGUGACAAGUCUCUCGCAGGUAAUGAUCACUUACAGCCACGUGGUCGAUUUGGGCUGUUUGCGUUCCUGCUGUCGAUAAGAACGUCUUUGUAGUUCUUGUACAAUUUUCAUGAAUCUUUGUAUUGCAAUAUUAGGUUAUACAGAGUGUAUAUAAUAAUUUACAUCGUACAAACGAUUGUAAAUACGUAUAUAUUUACAACUUACAAUUCAUUAAAGAAAUUCUCGUAUGUAUAACGUUAUGCCUAACUAUUUCUUACAAAGUAUAUAAAUGAAAAAAUAAAAUAAAAAAAUGAUCUCGAAUAGUCGAAUUUUUAACGAUACAAAUUGAUUUUAAGUCUAUAUAUUUAACCCUAAUAUUUCAUAAGACAAUUUAUUAAUAACUUUGUACCUAAUUAUUGAUAACAAUAAUCAAGGGAAAAAACUAAAAUGUUUGAAUAUAAAAUGUUAUCACGUCACUUUUAUUUAACAAAGAUUUUUAUAUUAGUGUUUAAGAAUCGCUUGUUAUUUAAAGCGGAAAUCCGUCGCCGACUUACAAACUUAUGGGUAAAAUGUCUGUCUUGUACAACUUUGCAAGUGUUUUGUGAGACAAAAAAACUAUGAAGAAGAUAUUGAGAAUUCGUAAUAUUAACCACAUAUUGUAGAUGAAUAGUGAUUUAACAAUCGUGUCAGUCUGUUAACGACAAUUAAAAAUGAAAUUAAUGUUGGAGUGCGCACAUUUAUGAAAACUUGAACAAACAAAAACUUUACCAGAUAACAAAUAAGGUAAAAUGUAAUCUUCAAUGUGCGUUGAGCACAGAUCGGGGGAUAAAAAUUAUAAUAUAGAAGAAAUUAUUUAUUUCUCUUGCUCGAUAAUAAUACGAUUUCAUAUACGAAGAAAUUCGUGAAAUUAUUCGGAUUGAUAUUUGAAAUAUUUAAUGAUGUUAUAUGAACAUUGAGUCGUUUCAAAUCGAUUUGUUGCCCGCCUGAAGUGUUAUAAUAUUUUGUAAUAACCAAAUAACUAGCAUUAAAAUUCUAUAAAUGCGUAUGCUGUUAAUUGUAAGGCUAGUAUGGUAAUUUCAUAGCUUUACUUUUAAAUAAAAUGUCCUAAGAAUAUUAUACACUUCGAAUGUCAGUCUGAGACUUUCUUUUUUCAUUUAUCAAUAUCAUCAUUUUCAUUAACUAAUCACGUAAUAAUGAGUACAGUUUAUUGGAUUCUUUUGUACUAUGUUUGAAUCAAUUUAGCUCAUUAAUAUACCCAGUUUAAAUGUUUGCCUUGAUCGUAGACGUCAUCAUAUUUAUUUGAGUGGUCUUUUUUAAGGACACCUAUGAUAUGAAUGAAAUUUUCCUCACUAGGAUCUGUCCUUAUAACGUCGUGUACCUUUCUAAAUUAAGAUUUUUUAUUCGUAGUACUUAUUAUGUUAUUUUAAAUGUUUCUAAUUUUAUUUAAAUUGAAUAAAACUUUUAUUUUUCUCUAAAAGAGGAAGUAAAUUUUAAAUAUUUCUAGUAAUAAGUGAUUACCUGUGAUUUAUAUUAUCGUAAUGAAUCUUGUGCGACAAGACUUUGUUUUUUAUUGAUGUUGUAGUAAGAUUGAAUUAUUUUAAAAAUAUUAAUUUAUGUUUUUAUUAUUAAAGAGAUUUUCAUUAAAUUAUAACUAUUUAACUAAAAAGACUUUUCGUCUAGAAUAAUAUUGAUUUCCUAAUUGUACUCAAUUAAUUAUGCGUAAUUUUAUUUCUCGACUAUUUACGUUUAUUAACGAUUAACAAUUAAAGAUGUAUUACUAAUCUUUAUGUGUGUAUUUAAAAAAUGGCAAUUAUUCUAUUAUCGUGUUAAGUUGAUCUCCAUUUAAAUAAUUUGCUGAAAAUAUUUUUGUUACAUUUAUAUAAAAAUACUUUUAUUUAGAAUACGAUCUAUUUACUAGAUACAAAUAAAGAUAUAAAUAAUUUUUUCAUCGCCUGGAAUUGUAAAAUAUUGACGAAAAAAAAAUGGUGUACUUACCAAGAAACUAGCUCACGAAAACGAUUUCGAGAAAACGUAUUGUUACGUCUCGAUUUUUAUUCCGCUCGCUGUUAAUAACUUUAUAAUAAGCAAUUAUUGUAUUAGGAAUAACAAUAGUGUAAAGGAAGACACAACGUGUUUUUUUGCUUAAUUCGCUUAGAUAUAUGUCUUAGAGCAAAAAUCUCUUCUGCGCAUAUUGUUUUUAUUAUUAUUAACAUUUAGACUAUAAGGAAAUUAACAAUUCUUAACUAGCGGGUGGUAAUAAUAAUCGUUUCGUAUAAGCAUCUUCCAAUUUGGUCCAUACUUUAUAUUAUAAGACAAAGAUCAACUGUUCGGGUAAUGAUCGUUGAAAGGUUGAGCAUAUUGUAAAAUUAUGUACUUAAUAUUUAUUGCAAUAUAGUAUAUACAAUGGCAUGUAGCGUUCCAUCAAUUUUAUUAUUGGAUGUUCAAAAUAAAAACAUUACAAUGA